AGUUUCUGCAUAAUCACAGGGCUGUCGGAAAGCUUUAAAACAAGCGCAAGUUGUGGAGACGGCAGCAGGUCCCAUCUGUGGAUUCAACCCAAGGAGAAUACCCGUUGUUACAUGGAGCCUUUUCCUUUUGUUUUGCCAAUAACGGAUAUCUGAGUUCCCAAAACUGGCAGAAGGUUUGCUGCUUAUUCUGAGAUUCUUGUUGUCAUUGCAUUUGCUGAAUCCAAGAUCACUCUCUACUUUAAAUGAUUGACUUUUAAAUUGAGCGUCAACAGACAUGACACCUGUUUGCCAUCCUGGUGAAUGACUUCAAUGAAGACUAAUACCUCUUUGGAAGAUUCAAAUUAACAGCAUUCUCCCUCGCCUCCAUUAAGCAAUUGAUUUUUGGCCCCUUUAAACUCGGUGGAUCUUUCUGCAUGUAAGUCAGUGAAGUUUCCUCAGCCUCUAGCAAACUCUAGUGAACCGGCUCCCUGUUAGAUCCCCUGUAGCCCCCGAGUGGAGCUGUCCGUUACACAACACUGAAGCUCUCAGCCCCCGCUGGACCGCUCCUCCGCCCCGCCUGAUCCAGGAUGAGUGACUCAUCGGAUGCCACCUCCCCUGGCGCCGCGCUCACCGGCGUCCCCUCCGCCGUCGUCUCCAAGGUAGAGCUGCGGGUCUCCUGCAAAGCCCUGCUCGACCGGGACACCCUCAACAAGUCCGACCCUUGUGUCAUCAUCAUGGUGCAGAACCAGGGGCAGUGGACAGAGUUUGACCGCACAGAGGUGAUCAAGAGCAACCUGCACCCGGUCUUCGCCAAGGUGCUGUCGCUGGACUACUACUUUGAGGAGGUGCAGAAGCUGCGCUUUGAGGUGUACGACAUCCACGGAACCCACAGCAUCGGCACCCGCGAUGACGACUUCCUCGGAGGAGUAGAGUGCACACUAGGCCAGAUCGUGGCCCAGAAGAAGAUGGUGAAGCCUUUGCUACUGAAGUACGGGAAAUACGCCGGGAAAUCCACAAUCACAGUUCACGCCGAGGAAAUCUCCGGCAACAACGGCUACCUGGAGCUCUCGUUCUGCGCCAAGAAGCUGGAUGAUAAGGAUCUUUUCAGUAAGUCCGAUCCAUUUUUGGAGAUCUACCGAAUCAACGAUGACGGAACUGAACAGCUGGUCCACAGAACCGAGGUCAUCAAGAACAACCUGAACCCGGUGUGGGAGCCCUUCAAAGUGUCCCUCAUCUCGCUGUGCAGCUGCGACGAGGACAGGAAGCUGAAGUGCCUAGUGUGGGAUUAUGACUCCCGGGGGAAGCACGACUUCAUCGGGGAGUUCUACACCUCCUUCAAAGAGAUGCAGAAAAUCGGUGGAGGAAACAAGGUCACAUGGGACUGCAUCAAUCCCAAGUACAAGCUGAAGAAGAAGAACUACAAGAACUCGGGCUUGGUCAUCCUCAGUGACUUGAAGCUUCACAGAGUCUACACAUUCCUUGACUACAUCAUGGGAGGAUGCCAAAUUCACUUUACAGUUGCGGUGGAUUUCACUGCGUCUAACGGCGACCCACGCAACAGUUGCUCCCUUCACUACAUCAACCCGUACCAGCCAAACGAGUACCUGAAGGCUCUGAUCGCUGUCGGCGAGAUCUGCCAGGACUAUGACAGCGACAAAAGAUUUUCUGCUCUGGGAUUUGGUGCAAGAAUUCCACCCAAUUAUGAGGUAUCACAUGACUUUGCAAUCAAUUUCAACCCAGAGGAUGAUGAAUGUGAAGAGAUCCAAGGCGUGGUGGAAGCCUACCAGAAUUGCCUGCCCAAAAUCCAGCUUUACGGGCCAACCAACGUGGCGCCCAUCAUCAACAGAAUAGCCAAGCUGGCAGCUGGGGACGAGACCAAAGACGCCUCACGAUAUCACAUCUUGCUGAUCCUCACCGACGGCGUGGUGACCGAUAUGGCCGACACGCGCGAGGCCAUCGUCCGCGCGUCCUACCAGCCGCUGUCCAUCAUCAUCGUCGGCGUGGGCAACGCCGACUUCACCGACAUGCAGAUCCUGGACGGGGACGACGGGGUCCUGCGCUCCCCCAAGGGCGAGCCCGUCCUCAGGGACAUCGUGCAGUUCGUCCCCUUCAGAGACUUCAAAACGGCCUCUCCCGCCGCGCUGGCCAAGUGUGUCCUGGCAGAGGUGCCCAAGCAGGUGGUGGAGUACUACAGCAACAAGGCCAUCGCCCCCAUGUGCCCCAUCAGGAGCACCCCCAACUCCAUCGCCACCACCCCGGAAUAACACACACACACACACACACACACACACACACACACACACACACACACCUCCAGACGCCAGCCAGGCCCAGCGCAGUGUGUGUGGCCGAGGGGUGAGCCAGAG